CGCGGAGACUCUCCUGUCUAAAACGGAGACGAAAAAAACGCGUUGAGGACUUUCGCCACAGCAUGCGUUUCCCUGAGGUUCGAGCUUGAGAAACAUGUCAGGGAAAAGCGUUGGUCUCUGAGAAAGGACCUUCUCCCGACGAGGAAUGUUGUUGCUCUCGCAGUUUCUCUCGUCCAUUUUCUCUCUGUUUCGUUUUUCACCGUCAACGGAGCUCUCGUCUCCGCUCUCCAUCUCUUCUCUCCUUUCCCUGUGUGCCCUGCCCGACGUCGAUGGCGGAGGACGCGUCAAGCGUAGUCCUGCUGAUUGUCAGAACAAAGUCGUUCACAGCUGAAGUGUAGAACUACCGCGGAUUCGCCUUGCUUUCCACUCGCCGUUCGCAGUCGUCGGAGGCGCUUCCUGCGAAAGCAUCCCUUUUUGCGUCUUCGAACUCUCUUCCUCUCCCUGCCUGGGUCGCGAGAGGAGUUUCGUAUUUUUUGUACGACCUUGAGAGUACCGCCUGACGACUCUGUCUCUGCCCGACAGCGAGAGAGAAGCUGUCUGCUUCCACUCUUCGCUGUGGAUGUGGAAACCUUCCUCCUUCUUUCCUGUCCUUCUCCGUCUCGCUUCCUGCUCAUCCUCCGCGCUCACGGCCUGCGUUCUUCCGGCUCGCCUUCGUCCGUCUGCUGUUGUCUUCCAUCCCUGCUUUUCUCGCUCGAGGCGAAGAACUGGUCGUCCUCGCACUGCCGACCGUACUCAGCUCCUGUCUGCUUUCUGUCCACCCUCUGUCCGCGUCGUCUGUGCUCUCCCUUCGCGCUUCUCUCGAGCUUGAACGUCGGCGCUCUCCCGCUCGUAUGUCUUCGGCAAGAAGUCGAAACAUGGAACAGCCGGAGAGAGAACAGCCGCCGGGCGGCGCAGUGGCGAAGCGCGUCUGUUUCAAACAGGAGCAAGAAGUUAGAUUCGUGGAGAAAUGGGCAGGAGAAGGCUCCUCUCCGCAGGCAGAAGAUCACGAAGACACAGCUGCAGACCUCGACUGUCAGUACUCCAAAGAUGAAGUGGAGAAGAUUCGACGACGAAAAAAGGUUCUGGCGGCCGGUGUUGGCUCCCUCGGCUACGGCGUCGGUGACACAGAAGUCGACACAGUCAAUCUGCGCUCCGCCGCCGUCGCCGCCUCCGAGGCAGACCCAGAAGUCGAGAAGGACGAAAAAGGAAUCGUCUUCGAGCCGUUCAACAUGCGCAGAGAAAUGCAGGAAGGCGUUUUCGACGAGGAAGGGAACUACCUUUGGCGGACGAAACAGCCUGCCAUGGUCGCCGACGGCUGGCUCGACGCCAUCGACGCUGGAGACGCCAGCACUGCAUUUCGCACAGAGGAGGCGCGGCAGCGGGCGCUCUCGGAGAUGUGCGUGGAGGCGGAGGCGACAGUCGUGGACAUCCCGGAGAGUUUGAGAGAACUUGCAGAGCUUCUCGGUGUUGGCGAGUCUCCGACGGACGCAAUGCGCCGCAUCAAGGCCGCCGCUCGGGAGCGCGACCGCGCGUCUGGGGAGGCGCGGAGACAGGAGACAGCGCGGAGAGAGCGGGGGAACAGUGCAGACGGCGCGCGAGAGAGCAAGCGCCGUCGGGAGGAAGAAGAAGAAGACGACGCGUUCUGUCGGCCGACCGCGAAGCGCACCCGCAGAAAGAAGCGCGAAGAAGACUCUGAACACCUGGGAAGCGAGGAACCGGAAGGCGAAGAAAAAGCGAAGGAAGAAGCGAACGCAGAGAAGGAAGAAGCGAACGCCGAGAAGGAAGAAGCGAAUGCAGAAAAGAAAGAAGCGAAUGCAGAAAAGGAAGAAGAGAAGACUCCAGAAGGGGAGAGAGGAGAGAGGCGAGAAGGAUUCGGGAGAAAAGAUGCGCGCGUUUCCAAGCGCAGGGAAGCCAAUGGAGGCAGAAUGAAUGAGGACGAACUGCGCGUCUUCAACGCCAUCACAGACCUCUGCUCCAGCCUCAUGGCUGUCGGGAAGAAUGUUUAUUUUCUCCGGAAAGAGGAUAUUUUGAAUGAGAUCGAGAAGAGCGUAAAACCGGCGACUGAUGACGCCACGGCAGACACGGAAAGUGAAGCCGCGCAUGCAGAAGACGGUAACUCAGGGGAGGCGGCGACGCUGUGGCAGUUCCGCUGGCUGAACAAUCCAAGCGACACCGCCCUCCACGGACCUUAUCCGUCCUCUCUUUUUCGAGCCUGGAUUGAACAAGGAUUCGUUUCGGACGAGACGGCGAUGGAGGUGCGACAGGUCUCUGCUUCCAACGACCCGCUGGACGGCCUGUGGCUUUCGUGGAGAGACGCAGACUUUCGCUCUGCUCGCGAACAGGAGGAAGACGAGAGGCGGCGCGAAGCAGAAGAAGACGAGAGACAGCGCGAAGCCGACAGCGACGAAGAGCGCGCUCAGGCGAGAGAGCGCCGCCGCAAAGAGAGCAAGGAACGAGGAGAGGAAAACCAAGAGGAAGAGGAAGAAGCCAAGGAAGAAAAAGAGUUCAGGAAAAACGAACGCGUGAUGCGAAUGCUCCAGCAGACCUAGGGGGUGGCGCGUUCGUGAGAGGGCGCCGGAGAAACGCCGAGAAAAGAAAAGUGAUGACUGAGACUCGAACCAAAAAGUCACGAUGACACAGGGACCUUUCCCCAUGUAGAUCUUCGUUGCCAUCACUUGCAAAGCUGGAACGAUGUCAAUGCAUCCUACAUAAGUGAACAAGUACUUGAUGCAGAUAUAUAAAUAUAUAUAUAUAUAUAUAUAUUUAUAUAUAUAUAUAUAUAUAUAUGUAUAUAUGUAUACAUUCCUAGAUCUGUUUGAGGAAUCUGCGGGGGUUCGCAGGUGAUAGGAUUUCGUGCUGGAGAAGCGUAGACAUUUUGCUUGCUUUCCGACUUCUCCCUGGGGAUGCGUAAAGAAUUUUCUUCGCUCUUUUCACUUUAAUCGGUCUUCUUCACUCUGUGGAUUCCUCCCCAACGCAAAAAUCGAGCAAAGUACGCGAUCUCGGACAGUGCUUCUCUUCCUUUCUCUUCUGCUUCUCUGUCCCGCUCGUCUCCUUCGCACCGGUCCUCCCUUGUCUCGAUCGUUGUUUCUCUCUCGCCUUCUUCGUUGUUCUCGCUGUCUCUCGCGUUCCCCUUUCUCUUGGAUUUUUCCUUUUUCUCCCUCCGUCUGGAGAAAGGGAUCUGUCUGGACUGCGGCCGUCCAAAGAGCGUAAGAAAUCGAUUCCUCUUGUCAGAGAAUCGCUCGAGAACGGAUUCAAGAAAUGCGGAUGCAGAAACUUCCUGCGCCUCCCUCGUGCCGGCCAACUUCGUUCUCCAUGGCCCCCGCUUGUCCUCACAUCCG